AAACUGUGUUGUAGGCCAAAUUUGUUCAUUUGCUACACAAUCAGCCGCGUCAACAUGGCAGCCUCCUCAAUAUUCCAGCGUUCUUUUUUCAAGUCCUAUCCCACGGCGAAAUCGGCGGACGGAGUCUACAUACAAACAAGCUCCGGGCGGAAAGUGUUGGAUGGUAGCAGUGGUGCGGCUGUUUCUUGUCUCGGCCAUGGCCACCCCGCCCCAAUCCAAGCCAUCAUCGACCAAGCCCAACGAAUGGCCUUUGCUCAUACAUCUUUCUUCACGAAUGACCCAACAGAGGAGCUUGCUAGCCUGUUACUUGAGCAAAGUGACGGGGCAUUUGUAAAAGCCUUCUCUCUCAGCUCUGGUUCCGAAGCAGUGGAGUCAUCUAUCAAGAUCGCAAGACAAUUUCACGUCUGUAAAGGCCAGCCCCAACGCGUCAAAUCGAUCUGCAGAAAAUCUGCGUAUCAUGGGAAUACGUUAGGGUCGCUGUCUGCUGGCUACAGUCCUGCCAGGCGUGAAACUUUCGAACCUCUUCUGUCUUCCGCGUUCCACCAUGUUUCACGAUGCUUCUAUUCCAGCGACGCGAAUGAAAAUGAAAGCGAAGAGGCAUACGUAUCUCGACUCAUCCAAGAAUAUGAGAAUGAGUUCACAAGACUCGGCCCAGAUACCGUAGCAUCUGUCCUUCUAGAGCCGGUGUCAGGUGCUACUUUGGGAUCCGUCCCCGCUGCGGCAGGCUAUCUUGCGAAGCUGAAAGAGCUAUGUGUGAAGCACGGAGCUCUCUUGAUAUUUGACGAGGUAAUGUGCGGAAUUGGGAGAGUUGGUACCUAUCAUGCAUGGCAGUCUCUCGGGAACGUUGCUCCCGACAUUCAAGCAAUCGGAAAGGGACUCGGAGCGGGGUAUCAAGCUAUUUCGGGUGUCUUGAUGUCACAGCGUGUUUACGAAACACUAAAGAAUGCCGAGGGCCAGCAUCCCUUUGUCAGUGGACAUACCUAUCAAGGGCAUGCCAUCGCCUCAGCGGCUGCUUUGGCUGUACAGCGUACGAUUAUUGACGACAAUUUGUUAUCGAACGUGCAGAAGAUGGGAGAUGUCUUGACACAAAAGCUACUCGAAUCGACACCAAUCCUCAAAGAAGUACGCGGGAUGGGUUUGUUUCAGACAGUAGAUUUUGCGACACAGCCAGGAUCUCCGAUUGCGUCGAAGGUUGCGUCCAGAUGUUUUGAGAAUGGAGCGGCGGUCUACUUAUGCUCGUCUGCAGUUGAUGCUGUCAUGUUUGCACCACCCUUCAUCAUCAACGAGGUACAAAUCAACGAACUGGUCGAAAUCUUUACGAAUUCAGUGAAACAAGUAGUGGAGGAACAAAGAUAG